ACAAUUUCGUCUUUCCAUUAUACAACUUUACUCGUUUCUCUCUCUCUCUCUCUCUCUCCUCCUGCCUUUCUUGAACCGGACUUAGUCCACCCUUUCUCCAUCCUCAGUCUUCUUCUUCAUCAUCAUCAUCCUGUUUGAAUUCCUCUUUCCUUUAUUACUCACCUAUUUUGUAUGAUCCACAACACAACCCAUUAAAAACAGAGAAAGGUCAAGAGGCAAUUCAAUCCGUGGUGAGGGAUGCAUGGAUGGUUACAUAUAACGGUGGCGGCGGUGGCGGUGGUUGUGGCGGCCAUAUCCUCCGUCGUCUUAGUCCUCCUCGUCUUCCUCUUUCGCCGCUAUUCUUCUUCCAAACAACAAAAAGCUAAUUCCAUACAAGAACCCAAUAGAGAAAAAACAGAGACUCUUCAAACAGGGAUUGCAAAACUCCACCAUCAUGUGAGUCUCGAUCUGGACAACAAGAGAAAACCCAAUUACUACGUUUUCAGACGCGACGUUUCGAUUUCGAAACAAUUGUUCAGCUGGGCCGAUCACCCUUCUCUGAUCACCGACGCCGUCGAGAAUGGAUGGUCACGAUUCGCUUUCACAACCUCCUACACAUCUUCACCCUCAAUCAGAUCGACCCGGUCAACGCUUCUGGGUGCCUGCGCAGCAGGCGAUCGAGGAAGAGAAAUGGAGGUGGACAUAAGCUGGGAAGUCAGCCCAGGAUCAGCCGAUUUCAUGCAGAAAAUCAGGCUCUGUUCUGGGUCGAAAAAGCUCAAUUCGAAUUAUUCUUCAAUGGCGGCCUCUGUGAUUCGAACCGCUUUGCCUCUACCUGGUCCUCCUCUGGGAACCUCUUCAUUCCCUCAAGAGGCCUACUUUGAGAUCACAAUCUUAUCAUCUGAUGAAGAUGAUUUAGACCCAUUUGGUGGGAACUAUAGGAAGAAAAUUAGGAAGAGUGAAGGAGAGAAAGCGAAGCUAAUUCAAGAGAAUUACAAUGCGAAAGCUGAUUCGGAGUCGCUGAUUCAUGGGAAUAAGAAGUUGGAAGAAGUGAGACUCGGCGGUGGUGGUAGAGACGAUGUAAAAGGAGAAGCGGUUGGUUUGGCGGUGGGGCUUACAAGAGGAGGCUCUCUGCCUCUGAAGCUUCCCGGUAGCUAUCUGGCUUCCAUUGGCUUCAAUUCCGAUGGCUCUGUUUAUCUCGACGGAACUAAACUUGUGUUCGAAUCUGAAAAUCAAGAAUGGGGAGAAACAAACAAGGUGAUUGGCUGUGGGUACAAUCCGAGCCAGAGAAAAGUCUUUUUCACAGUUGAUUCAGAACUUACACACGUAAUCACUUGCAAAUCCGAGGAAUUUGGAACUCCACUCUAUCCAACAUUGGCAGCCAACACCGACACCACGAUUUUAGUUAAUUUUGGACAGAGCAGUUUCAAAUAUGCACCUGCAAAUGCACAAAGGACUCCAAACCCCUGCUUCAUCGGCCCCCUAGCGAAUUCGCCAGCAUUGGGCUAUGAUGACAGCAAAGAGCUUUUCUCAAUGGGAAGAAUCGACUCGCAGUGGCUAAACCGAUGUGCUACCACUAGAAGUGGCCACAACAAUGGUGGUAACAACAAAGCAUUUGAUUUUGAUGAGGAAUCUGAAGGCGAUUUGUUUGAAAUAGUUUUGGAUAGUUGCAAUGGACGAUCCCCAAACACGGUAUUGCAGUGACAUCAUGAUUGAUACAUUUGUGCAGCUAACAAUUAUUUUCAAUUUUUUUUUCUUUUUUAUUUUUCAUAUCAAGCACAGCAUUUAGUGAUGGUGUUUCAUACUUGUAAAACAGAAACAGAUCCUUAUGGAGGGUAGAGUGUUUUUUUAUUUAGUUCAUGCUAUUCAAGCUGGAGGUUUUUCAUGUGUCUUGGCCUUUUGAAGGAAGACAUUUCUUACCUUGUAUAUAAAAGGAUAUACUAAUUUUUGUUCAGAUUUGUUUUUCAAUAUUUGAUUGGUAAAGUUACUUGUCAA